UACAUUAAUGAACAUCUGAUAAAACGGAAUGCGGAUAUUGCUAGGAAAGCUUGGUUACUGAAGAAGCAAGGGAAGAUCCAGGCUACAUGGACCUCGAGUUGCAAGAUAUUCAUUAAGCUGAAUGGAACAUCGGAGGAGGCAAAGGUGCUAGUCAUCAGAGACAUAGAGGAGCUGGAGAGAUUUAACUGAUUAGAUCCAUGAACGGGACUGGAGUCAUACUGGUUGUUGGAAGUAAUUAUGAACCAGAAGCUCCAGAGCUUUAGACAUGUCUGAGAUGAAGUCAGGAGAGAUGGUGCAACCUGAAGACUUCCAGCUGAACGACAGAUACUCUGAGACUAAAGUGAUGUGGAUUCAGAAAAAAUGUGAUGUUUGGUCUUUUAUCAAGAAAAAUGCCUUUGUGAUUCUCACAAUGGUUGCUGUUGCUGUAGGAAUUGGCCUGGGCUUUGCUCUGCGACAAGUUAAUAUGUCAGCUCGGGAAAUAAUGUACAUAACUUUUCCUGGAGAGCUGAUGAUGAGAAUCCUACAGAUGAUGAUGCUUCCUCUCAUCGUUUCCAGUCUGAUUGCAGGCAUGUCAAGUGUUGAUAUAAAGGCUUAUGGGAGAAUUGGACUUCGGGCCCUCAGCUACUACAUGAUCACCACUGUUACUGCUGCCUUCACRGGUAUAGCUCUGGUUGUUUCCAUCAAGCCUGGGAAAUCAGGACAAGCAUCAGAGCCCUCUGGUGGAAAAGCAGAGGGUGUGCAGAGUGUGGACGCUUUCCUCGACCUCAUCAGAAACAUGUUCCCAUCAAAUCUAGUGGAAGCUUGUUUCAGAAAAUAUAAAACAGUUUUGGAUUCUUUAGAAAAUCCUCCAGAUGUCUUGAAUGCAUCGUCAAACAGUGAGUUUUUUGUAGUUCUUUAUGUGCAGUGGUAUUAAUAGUUCACUUCUAAUCAGAUUUGAUUUAAUCUCUGGUCAGAACCCGUGGCAGGAACCUCAGAUGGCAUCAACAUUUUGGGUCUGCUGGUCUUCUCCAUCGCGUUUGGCCUCAUCCUGAGCAGUAUGGGGCCAAAGGGAAAACCUGUCAGGGAUUUCUUUACCUGUCUGAAUGAAGCCAUUAUGCUUCUGGUUAAGAUAGUCAUCUGGUAUUCUCCAGUUGGAUUCCUCUUCCUGCUGACGGGACAGAUUCUGAAGAUGACGGACACAUCAAAUGUAGCUCAUGAAGUUACCAUGUAUGCUGUGACUGUGAUCACCGGCUUGACCAUCCACAGCUUCAUCUCGCUGCCGCUCAUCUACUUUGUAGUGACACGAAAGAAUCCUCUGAGGUUUUUUGCAGGGAUCCUUCAGGCUCUCACCACAGCGUUUGGCACCUCGUCCAGUUCUGCAACCUUGCCCGUCACUCUUCACUGCAUGGAGCAGAACCACAACAUGGACAAACACGUGACGCGCUUCAUGCUCCCGAUGGGUGCCACCGUGAACAUGGAUGGUUCUGCUCUGUAUGAAGCAGUAGCUGCUUUAUUCAUAGCCCAGAUUCAUGACCUGGACUUUGACUUUGGACAAAUCAUUAUCCUCAGUUUGGUUGUUACAGCAGCCAGCACUGGUGCAGCAGGCAUCCCACAGGCUGGCUUUGUUUCCAUGAUGAUUGUGUUGACGUCAACCGGACUGCCCACUGAAGACAUAUCUCUGCUCCUGAUUGUUGAUUGGAUUCUGGAUCGUCUGAGGACCGUCACCAACGUGCUGGGUGACUGCAUCGGUGUUGGUGUGGUUCAACAUCUGUCCAAACAUGAGCUGCAGGUGGUAGAAGAAGAACACUUCUGAGAGUCAUGAAGCAUGUUAAAACUAAAUGUAUCCCUUGUUAGAAAAUAAGAAAGUUCAUUGCAUUAUUCAUGCAUUAUUACUUGAGUAAAAUCAUGAUAAAAAUGUGUUGCUUUUUAAUCUUUUUCUUUGGAAAAAUAUGGAAAGAAAUCACAUGAAGAGCAAAGAGCUCUCUGUUAUAAUCUCUGUAAUUUGAAAAUGCAGCUUUGUCUAGUUGUUUUUGUCA